AUGUCAAAAUAUCGUCUUGAUGUCGUUAAUGAAGUCGUCGUCGAGAAAACUGUCACGACAAAUGUGAAAUUGGACGACAUCACAGUGUUGGCCAUACUGGGUGGUCCAGCCAGUAGUAGUUCCGUCACAAGAAAGGUAAGAUCUUUGCAAAGUUGACUUUAUCCGUGUUCGGAGACUUUUUUUUGGUUCAGGAAAAUAAAUUUUCUAACUCUCACAGAAAGGUAUUUUUUCCGUUUGAGCAAGCUUUUUGGAACCAAUCUUUUUCCGGUUAGCCUUUUUAUCCAAAUAAAAUUUCGUUUUUCAGAAUGUCCUGGAAAAAGUUCGAUUUCCUGAGCUGUGUGCUCUGGUGAGUUUUCGAAAUGUGAUUGUGCAAAAGAUAAUUUUUUCCAGGUUCCAGUUGUUCUUAUUAAAGUCAUGGCAUUGAAAAAAAAUAAAGUGAGUUUUCUGUUUCUUUCUAGUUGCAUUCAGAAUAACUUACCAGGCUUGCUAAACGGUUUUAUUUUGAUCUUACAAACUUGCGAUUUGGAUCUUCGACCUCAAACAAAAAUUUCUAGCGGAAGUUGUUUCUGGUCGGGCGCAAUACUAGAGUACCGCUUGUUAUAGAUAUCUCUUAGACUUUUUUUUCUUUUUUUUUGGCCGUGUCAGUGAGAUGGAUAAAAUCAGACGAUGAAACAGUUUUGAAACCGGGAGUAGUAAAAUAACGAAUUUUUUCAGAAGGGAGUUUUCACAUGCGAAAUUCCAAUAGUCAUUUUUGACUUUGUAAGUUUUUCAAAUCCUUCUCACAAAUUUUUUCAUCUUUCUACAGAUUUCCGACUUUUACUCACACAUUUUCCUCAAAGCCCCGCAAUACCACAAUCUGCAUGAAUCUUUGUUGUGCAAGAGCGCUUUGUCCAACGAAAAGUUGGGCAUAGUUGCAAGGGUAUCAAAGUGAAAACUAUCCUAGUUUUUAUAACUUUUUUCUCCAGUACUGUAUUCGCCACCGUCUCUGGGACUUGGCUUUCUCCCUUUAUGUGGAAGAUCUGAAUCGUGGAUCACCCAAUGAAAUCGUUUGGAGAGAAUGUCAAAAGUUGAAAAGGACUCCGGAAGAUAUUUCUCAUUUCAAGAAGGUAUGGGAAAAGCCUGAUAUUUGUUAUAAAAUUGCUAAUUUUAGGUGCUUGUCCGUUAUCCUGGAAAAAUUUGUUAUAUCCGAAAGUUGUGUUCAGUCUUCAACUUCCCGUUUCGAUACCCGGGUUAAGUAUUUUGUAUAAAGAAUUAUCUAUGCAUUUUUGUUUUGCUUUCAAUAAAUUAUUCAUUUUUUAUUCAUUUUUUAAUUUUUAUCCAUUUGUACCAAAAAGGAAAAAAUUCUUUUUUUUAAUGACUUGGAGGAUGUCAGCGUUUAUUGCUUUUUCGUGAAGCAAGAUUUAUAAUUGAAUUAAUUAGUGGUGACAUCGUCAUCAAAUAAUUAUCGUGAGAAGCAGUAAUAAACAUGUUGAACAAGUAACCCUAAUUCUUUUGCAAAAAAAAGGUUUUUCGAAUAUUUCCUGUCAAGCGGAUGCAAAUUAAGAACAUGUUGAAAAAAUAUUUUCAUCAAAAUUUAUACCUACGCAAUAACGAGGUGAUUCAUUUUUGUCGUCAUUUGGCUGGUUAUAAAUUGUCAUAAAAUGAGCUUGAGUAUUCACUUAUUUUUCUUAGAAAUAUUGAGAAAAAUUUUUGAAUUUUCAAACUCUUUAUAGCUUGAAUAAAUUAAAAAUGCGGUGUUUGAAAUAAUUUCUCGGAAAUUCUAAGAAAAAUGAAGCUGAUUUUUGGUUGAGAAGCUUUAUAAAAAUCCCGAUCUCUAUGCAGGCAAUGAGGAAAUCUCGAAAUAUGACUGUCGGCUAGACACGACGAGUUGUACGAGCGCGGAGGAUUGAACCAAGUGCCCUGCAUUCAAUGCAGAUGACUAUCUUCCGCAUUUCUGGAUUUUUCCUGCUUCAUUUGGACUUCGAGAGCCGUAGGCUUCGAAAAUUGUUUUAUUCGUGAUAUUUUACAAAAUCUUGAUUUCAUGCUCACUGUACUUCUUUGUUAAAAAAACUGUGUCCAGAAAUUCAAACUCCCUCUGAGUUUAUGAAUUAUUUUUGACUUUUGGCACUUCUAAAUGAAUUUUUGAAUAAUGUCUUUAUUUCUUUCCCCGAAUUUGACAUUUCCGCGUUGUUCUUCGCUUGAAAUAAUAAUGAAAAUUUCAAAGGAUUUCCCCCUUUUUUCCUUUUCUCCUUUAUACCUUUUUACCAUGUCCCCCGAAACAUCCGUCGAGAAUGCUAAUUGUUAUAAAAUAUCUUUUUCAAGGUUUUUUUUUCCCAAUGACCUCGCCCAUAACUUCGUUUUCACUACUGCGCUCUUAUUGCCUCGAAUUGUCGAAAAUGCCUUUUUUGAGAUCCGUUCUCCUGUGAAACUGCAAAUUAAGGAUUCAGAGGUCCCAUUUGACAAGAUUCAUGCGACUCAUAUGCGCUGUGGUUGCAGCCAUCGUCCUGGUCAGUUUCAGAGAAGCAUCUAAAAAUUCAAGUUUCUUUUUUCAGCAAUUCUGCAGCGCUGAGUACGACAAUGCAGUUCUUGGAGAACCGACCGUCGAAUGUGCGGAUGAUUAUUUUGAAGUGAGAAGUUUCCUUGCGCUGUGAUGAUGUCAAAAUUGAAUUAUACUUUCGAGCGCUUAAUUUUGAUCAUGCUUUGGGUAAUUUUUGAUAAAAAAAACUGCCCAUCACUUCAAAAAUCACACAGUUUCUAUUGAAAAAAAGACCUCUUGAAAUUUUUUUAACAGGGAUCAAGAAAAAAACUACAAAAAAAGUUUUGAAAAACUCCUUGAAAAUCGAAAAACAUUUUAGAAAAAGCUGAAAAAAACUUGUGUCUUUCUUAAUUGUUUUUUUAUUAACCAAAACAAAAUUUUUUUAAAAAAUUUUUUUUUCCAUGAUAUUUGAAAAAAAUGUUAGUUGCAUUUUUGAAUAAAAAAACCUUUUUGAACUACUGUUUUCCAAAACUGUCGUUCUUUUUCCAAUUUCAGUUCGAAUAUUACAUUUUUAUCAACUUGCAGGUGAAGCUGGAAACUCGGUCCCCGUUUCGAGGAGUGGCCUUCGUUCAGAGCCAUCUGAAGGACCCAAGCUGUCGAAGUCAGCUGGCGACCGAGAAUCCUGACCGCAACGCAAGCCUUCGGCUGACUUUCGACGAUUGCGCCGUCGAGCGUCGUCUAUCGGUAUGA